UUAAUGGCGGCUGUCGGCUGAACCCUACUUUUCAACAUUGCUCAACUUUUAGAGCACAUUGACAUGUAAUAUUCAUAUUUACAGCUAUUUCGUUCACUCAAAUCGUGUUCGUAAGCUAUACUCCUUUUAAGCUUUUGUCCAUGUAAAGUUUCCGCCUCUAGCAGCAGAAUGUCGACCAUAGGAAUACAGCAACUGUUCCGUGAGGAAAGGUUUCCCACUGGUUGGCGCCUGAUUCCACUUCUUUUAUACUCUCCAUUUGGUCUUCUUUUGGCAUUUUUACGAUCAUUUAUUGGAUUUCAAGUUUUAUUGGCAGCUGCUUUUGUCCCCCAUGUUUCAUUCAUCAAAAGUAUGAUUCUUAAAACAUUAUGCUUUACCCUUGGUAUCGUUGUACGAGAAGAGUGUGAGGAAAAAUGUGACGAAUCUGCACAAGUUAUUGUUACUAACCAUAUAUCUAUGCUUGAUUAUAUUCCCAUUCACUUGCUAAGUGGAUGUGUGACGCCAGGAAGAUGGGAUGCACCCUCAGCUUGGGCAUUGAGCUUGAAGAGUUGGGGCCAUGGAGAUACCCUUCUGGCUAAUGUACGUGCUCACCUGAGUAACUCAGAAACUCCUGUUUUGAUUCAGCCUGAAGGAGCAACUACAAGUGGAACAACUGGACUGUUGAAAUUUGAAUCUUGGCCUCUUGAAACUGCUACUAGGGUACAACCAGCUGUUAUCAGAGUCUGGCGCCCUGCUAUGGCAGACAUAGCAGUGACUGUAGUUGCUGCUUCAGAACUAUGGGACAUAUUUUUCUAUCUCUUUGUUCCUUUUACUGUAUUCACUGUGAGAUACCUCAAUGUAGUUGAACUUCACAAAGAUGAAACUCCUGCACACGGCAUGGAGCGAAUUGAAGCAGCAGUUGCUCAAGAUCUGGGUAUAAGAACUACUAAAUUUACAGCUAAAGACAAAAUGGAGUACGAAAAACGUUAUUUGGCUGAGCUUUACCGGCCUGUGGCGAUUGCAAAUGGUGCUGCUGCUCUCAGAUUACAACCCACUGGUGCACAACUGUUACGCAUGUCAAAUCAGGUCAAGGAAGUGUUACCCAAUGUCCCUCUUGAUGCUAUACGCAGAGACUUAGCAAGGACAUGGGAUGUUGAUUUAACUAUUACCAAUAUAUUGGAGGGCUUAGUUCCUUUUGUCCCUGAGGGCCAGGGUCCAGCAAUACCUACACGUUCGCAGAGACCGGCUCCAGAUCAGAUGCCUGCUGCAUCAUCUUCAAGGAAAACAGUUCAGUCUGGAUCUCUUACUUUCCAGGAGAGGAAAGCAAAAAUGAUUGAGGAGGCUCGUAAAAAGUAUAUUGAAAAACAUGGUCUUCAAUUGUCAAGUUCCUCAGUGUCAUAGCAUGAAUUCCACUUGUGCACUGUUAAGUUGCUGAAUAUUUGGACUGAUUAAGUGUCUCUUUAAAGCUUGUGAUUUGUUUAGGAAACAAAAUUUGAUUCUGAGUUUCCAUUACUGUGUUGUAGUUGAUUUUUAUGAACUGUCCUUGUUUGUAUAUCUUCAUACUUAUAAGAUUCCUAUUAAAAUGUCUUGACAUUGUAUGGAAUUUUUUCCUCAUUGAAUUUUGUUCUUUAAUAUUGAGGAAUUAUGUUCUAUGCAUUGCCAAGAGUAUGAACAAGUUAUUUCAGCACUGCUGGUUUAAUUCUUGUUAUAUGGGAAAAUGCUAAUAGAAAUCUACAAUAACACCUCUCACACAUUGUGUUUUGAUGCCUAUCAACUGAUGGCUGUCAGACAACACAACUCAACAAGUUAAAAGGAAGAUAUGUUUUUAUGAGGUUUUCUUACUGUUGGGUUUAUUCUACUUGUAUGGUGGGUUUAAGGAAUUUGAUUUUAAGUUUUUGUGGAAACAGGCUAUUUCUGUUGGGUUUCUGUUGAUGUACAUAAAUGUCUUAAUUUAUUUUCUUGUCAGAUUUAUAUAGGUCUUGUACAUCCUACAUUUAAAACCAUUAGCUGCAAUCACAGCAACAUUCUGGAUGUGUAAACCAAUGUUAGAAUUAUAACCUUAUGAUGAA